AUGAGCAACUCGUCGACAUCGAUUGCUGAUGGAACUGCUAGUUCUAUUAGCAAUAUAGAAACUACAUCGGAUACAGCUCAAUUAUUAAGCCACGAAGAUGCAAGCACUUCUAAUUACACACAGCUCAACAGAUCUGUGCCAUAUGAGGACUCCGAUGAUGAUCAAUUUCACGGUAGCCAUGGAAUUAGGAGGCGACAAGCUCAACAGAAAAUUGAACCUGGAUCUAUGAAUGUUCUCUCAGCUAAAUACGAAAGUUUAGAUUAUGACACAUGUGAGAACCACCUACUUCUUGAUGAGGAAAGGAAACGAGGAUAUGCUUUCAUUGUGUGGAAAGAUAUUGCCAGAUGGUUCAUAAUAUUACUGAUUGGAAUAGUAACAGCUCUCAUAGCAUUUUUCAUAGACAUAUGCAUAGAAGAAUUCUCCAAGAUCAAAUAUAGAGAGCUGAAGAAAUCUGUGGACAAAUAUGUUUUAGAAGACAAACUGUACAUUCCUUAUUUGCUGUGGGUGUUAUCAAACAUUUGCAUUGUGUUUAUUGGAUCUAUGCUAGUUGCUUAUGUGGAGCCUGUAGCAGCUGGCAGUGGUAUUCCUCAAGUCAAAUGUUACUUAAACGGAGUGAAGGUGCCGCGAGUGGUACGGAUCAAGACGCUUAUCGUGAAGGCGGUCGGUGUUAUCACAGCUGUCGUCGGCGGACUGGCUGGUGGCAAGGAAGGGCCUAUGAUCCACAGUGGAGCUGUGGUGGCGGCCGGUAUAUCUCAAGGCAAGAGCACGACCUUCAACAAGGACUUCAAGAUAUUCCAGUACUUCCGCGAGGAUCACGAGAAACGUGACUUUGUAUCGGCGGGGGCGGCCGCCGGUGUGUCCGCGGCUUUCGGCGCUCCUAUCGGUGGAGUACUGUUCUCUCUUGAAGAAGGAACGAGUUUCUGGAACCAGGCGCUGACAUGGCGAACUUUCUUCGGCACUGUGGUUUCCACGUUCACAUUAAACUGCGCUCUGUCAGCGUAUCAUGGAAGGGCGGGAGAACUCAGCUUUCCUGGUCUGCUGAAUUUAGGCAAGAUGGAACCAUUUCCAUUCCAAUUCUAUGAGCUGCCCGUGUUCAUGUUCUUUGGUGCAGUCGGCGGCAUGCUGGGAGCUUUGUGGAAUUACAUCAAUUACAGACUAGCCGUGUUUAGGAUAAGGUACAUUGGAACUCCUUGGUUGCGAGUAGUGGAGGCAUGUCUAGUGGCGGCCGCGAGUGCUACGUGUGGGUUCUUAAUGAUGUUCCUUCUCGACGACUGCAGACCUUUGGGAGAGGAUCCUACUAAAGUGCCUUUGCAGCUAUUCUGCGCAGACGGUGAAUACAACGCUUUAGCAGCUAUUUGGUUUCAAACGCCCGAAGCCUCAGUUCGAUCAUUCCUCCACGACCCAAUUGGAUCUUACAAACCAUGGUCCAUACUGGCAUUCGUCGCUUGCUACUUCCUAUUAUCUGCCUGGACAUUCGGUCUGUCAGUGUCGAGUGGGCUCUUUAUACCGAAUCUGUUAACGGGCGCCGCCUGGGGAAGAAUGCUAGCGAUUAUCAUACAGUAUAUGCUACCUUCUAAUACAAUUAACCCAGCGAAGUACGCGCUGAUUGGAGCCGCAGCCCAACUCGGUGGUGUAGUGCGCAUGACUAUAUCAUUGACAGUCAUCAUCAUCGAGACUACAGGACAGAUCUCCAACGCGUUGCCCAUCAUCAUCACACUGGUCGUCGCUAAAUGGGUCGGAGACUUCUUUAAUGAAGGCAUCUACGACAUACACAUCCAGUUGGCAGGAGUGCCCCUCCUGCCUUGGGAGCCCCCGCCGCUUGCUCACAACUUGUACGCAUCGGAAGUUAUGUCACACCCUGUAUUCACUCUAAGAACCGUGGAGAACGUCGGCCAUAUUGUCGAGCUGCUAAAACUUGUUUCCUACAACGGAUUCCCUGUUGUUGAUCCACCUUUAGCUGAUGAUGUGGAAGUGACAACGUACAAGCGACUAAGGGGUAUGAUACUACGUUCUCAACUAAUUGUACUGAUACAGAAUAAGCUUUACAACGAGAACGCCAACACGACCUGGUCGAAUUUCAACGUGGAUAUGAACAUGUUCAGAAAGGAAUAUCCACGGUUUCCUUCUAUUGACGAGUUAGACGUAGCAGAAUGGGAGAAGACAUGCACGAUAGACUUGCGUCCGUUCAUGAAUCCGUCGCCUUACACUCUGCCGCAUCGAGCGUCAUUGCCGCGUCUCUUCAGAUUGUUCCGAGCGCUCGGACUAAGGCAUUUGCCUAUAGUCAAUGAUGUCAAUGAGGUGGUUGGCAUGGUAACCCGCAAGGAUAUUGCGAGAUAUCGAGUAUGGCGACAUCGCGGCCAUAUGGGAAUGGAGGAGUUAAUACUUUCUAGUGAAAUUUAA